CACCCCGGGCCCCCACGGCCGUUGGUCCGGGCGGGGGAGGGAGAAAGUGAGACUCAGUGUCAUCACCAUCCAUUGUCAGGAGGGGAGGAAAUUGGAAUCCAGCAGCGGCGAGCAGCAGCUGGGCGGUCACAUCUGGGAAUGCAAAGCCGACCUCCCCCUCCUCCUCCUCCUCCACCACCUCCUCUCUCACCCAGGAUCACUUCCGAAACCACUUCGCCUUCAGCCCCUGCCUCGGCCAGAGGGAUUGAUUUAAUGGGGAUGUGUUCAAGGCAAGAGCGAAUUCAGAAGGAUAUCGACGUCGUGAUCCAGAAGUCCAGAGCCGAGAAGGACUGCUCGUUUGCAGAUUUCAGAUAUUCAGACUCCACCUUUACUUUCACCUACGUUGGCGGCCCCAAAAGUGUAUCCUAUUCAGUCCAUGUAUCUGAAGAUUACCCAGAUAACACCUAUGUGUCAAGUUCAGAAAAUGAUGAAGAUGUAUUAGUUACUACAGAGCCAAUUCCAGUAAUUUUUCAUCGAAUAGCAACAGAAUUAAGAAAGACAAAUGACAUUAAUUGUUGCUUAUCCAUAAAAUCCAAAUUACAGAAGGAAAAUGGGGAGGAGUCAAGACAAAAUAGUACAGUGGAAGAAGAUUCUGAAGGUGAUAAUGACUCUGAAGAAUUCUAUUAUGGAGGACAGGUGAACUAUGACGGGGAACUGCACAAGCACCCACAGCUCGAAGCUGAUUUGUCAGCAGUGAGAGAGAUAUAUGGUCCACAUGCAGUUUCUCUAAGGGAAUAUGGAGCCAUCGAUGAUGUAGAUAUUGAUCUGCAUAUUGAUGUUAGCUUUCUUGAUGAGGAGAUUGCUGUGGCUUGGGAAGUGAUUCGAACAGAACCUAUAAUUGUCCGACUACACUGUUCACUCACACAGUAUUUAAAUGGUCCAGCUUCUGAAUGCUUUGUUGCCAACACCAAUGGCAAUUGUAGUAAUCCUUCUUGGUGCCAGCACAGCAGUAAGCGCAAGCACCGGUGUGAGCGUGGAACUCUCCUGGUGGUGGUUCUCUAUUCUGAGGAGAUUACCUUGGAACUGAUAACGAACUUACUUUUGCUUGACAGAAUCAUGCAGACAUUUGUUACACAGCAGUGGAAACAGAGCAAAGAAAAAUCCAAUUGCCUGCACAAUAAGAAGCUGUCAGAGAAGAAAGUGAAGUCUCCCCUGCAUUUAUUUUCUACCUUGCGCAGGUCGCCAAGUUAUCCUCCCCCUGGUUGUGGCAAAAGCAAAUCCAAACUGAAAUCUGAGCAAGAUGGAAUCUCCAAAACGCAUAAGCUGCUGCGGAGGACUUGUUCCAGCACUGUCAAGACUGAUGAUGUGUGCGCCACUAAGUCGCACAGGACCUUUGGUCGCUCUCUGUCCAGCGACCCCAGGGCUGAGCAGGCAGUGACGACAAUUAAGUCGCACAAACUCUUGACCCGUUCCUGCCCUCCAGCUGUCAAGCAAGAGGACUGCCUCACCCUCAAGUCUCAUAAACUAUUGACUCGAUCUUGUUCUGGAGAUCCACGCUGUGAGCACAACACCAACUUGAAGCCCCAUAAACUGUUAAGCAGGUCUUACUCCAGUAAUCUCAGAAUGGAAGAAUUAUAUGGCCUGAAAAAUCACAAGUUGCUCAGCAAGGCUUACUCCAGUGCCCCCAAGUCAUCCAAAACUGAGCUUUUCAAGGAACCUAACUCAGAGGGCAGGAGGCUCUCUCUUACCUCAGGGCUUAUUGGUAUCUUAACACCAUCUUCAUCUUCAUCAUCCCAGCCUGCUCCAAAUGGUGCCAAAUGCAUUCCAAUACGAGACCGUGGCUUCCUAGUGCAGACAAUUGAGUUUGCUGAACAGCGGAUCCCCGUAUUGAAUGAAUACUGUGUGGUUUGUGAUGAGCCACACGUGUUUCAGAACGGCCCCAUGCUUAGGCCUACUGUGUGUGAACGAGAGCUGUGUGUAUUUGCUUUUCAAACCCUGGGAGUAAUGAACGAAGCUGCUGAUGAAAUAGCAACCGGAGCUCAGGUGGUAGAUCUACUAGUAUCCAUGUGUAGGUCUGCGUUGGAAUCUCCUAGAAAAGUUGUCAUUUUCGAGCCAUAUCCUUCUGUGGUAGAUCCCAACGAUCCUCAGAUGCUGGCCUUCAACCCCAGGAAGAAGAACUAUGAUCGAGUAAUGAAAGCACUGGAUAGCAUAACUUCUAUUAGAGAAAUGACACAAGCACCAUAUCUGGAAAUCAAGAAGCAGAUGGAUAAACAAGACCCCCUUGCUCAUCCCCUACUGCAAUGGGUUAUUUCAAGUAAUAGAUCACAUAUUGUGAAACUGCCAGUUAACAGGCAAUUGAAGUUUAUGCAUACUCCGCAUCAGUUCCUUCUUCUCAGCAGUCCACCAGCCAAAGAAUCCAAUUUUAGAGCUGCUAAAAAACUCUUCGGAAGCACCUUUGCAUUUCAUGGCUCACACAUUGAAAACUGGCACUCCAUCCUGAGGAAUGGUCUGGUUGUUGCUUCUAAUACAAGACUGCAGCUCCACGGUGCAAUGUAUGGAAGUGGGAUCUAUCUUAGUCCAAUGUCAAGUAUAUCAUUUGGUUACUCAGGGAUGAACAAGAAGCAGAAAGUGUCAGCCAAGGAUGAACCAGCUUCAAGCAGUAAAAGCAGCAGUGCAUCACAGUCACAGAAAAAAGGACAGCAAUCCCAGUUCCUACAAAGCCGUAACUUAAAAUGCAUUGCCUUAUGUGAAGUGAUCACCUCACCUGACCUGCACAAACAUGGAGAGAUAUGGGUCGUCCCAAAUACUGAUCAUGUCUGCACUCGAUUCUUUUUUGUCUAUGAAGAUGGCCAAGUGGGAGAUGCAAAUAUUAACACACAGGAAGGAGGCAUUCACAAAGAGAUCCUUCGAGUAAUUGGUAAUCAGACUGCUACUGGUUAAAGGACCACCAUUUAAUUAACAUGAUUUGAAAGCCUUCCUCGGGUUCAAAGCUGGAUUUUGAACUGAAGAAGAUGAUAAAAUAAUUUAUUGUUAUUAUAAACAAAAUUAACCCUUUGAAUACUGAUUUUUUUCUUAGUAUUUCUAAGUAUCUCAUUAAAUACCUAAAAUGGUAUAAAAUUUAUCAAUUGUAGGGUUAUGGAAUCUAGUAAUAAAAUUACAGCAGCACUUAAACUGAAGUUUGGGUUGCUCACAUAAUAAACAGAUUGAAAAAACA